AUGGGAGUGAUUCGUUUGGUACUUCUGGGCCUUGUCGCCACAGGUGCAGAGGGCGGAGCCUGCACUCCGGUAGAUUCCUGUCCAAAGCUGUCGGACGGGUUGUACUGCCCAGUCAACGAUGUCACCGAGCAUGCGGACAUCAACCGGGACGUCGCCUUGAUCAAGAGGUACCUGGACGAUCCGCCUGACUAUGCCAUGGCGAAGGAGGUCUACACCAUGGGCAACUCCUCCUCCAAGGGCCUUGGGAAUAUGCGUACCCUCCAGGACUUGGCCCUAAAGGACAUGACCGUCGAUGGGAAGUACACCAAUGUCUUCUACACCGGUGCUCUCAACCUCUACAACUCGACGGCCGCCAUCUGGCACAACUACAUCAUGGCAUGCUUGGAUAACACGACAUUUUGCCAGGGACAGAGUGACUCUUUCAGGCGGUAUGUGGUCAACAAGGCCCUCAUCGGCGUGGUGACAGCCUAUGCCACCUAUGAGUUCGGCGCGGCUGUUUGGAAAGGUGAGAACGGUCAGACAGCAGAUGGUCAGGCGGCCUACGCCUGGGACGAGGGUGCCGCUUUCUACAUCGGCAACAUUGACCCCGUCCUGGGUGAUGGGUUCAGUGGUGCUGCUCCUGGCAACCUCUACUCACCGUAUGAGUUCAACUGGAAGCGCGAUUUCGACUACCCUGACGGUGUCAACACACAUCAGGCUUCCAUUCCAAUCUUGAACUAUGGCCUCAUCAACGUCCGUGGCAGCUACAACGCCACGAACGUGAAAGCCGCAGAGUUGGCCAUGUACAAGAUUUUCUCCAUAGCCGCCAUCCGCAGUGCCAUCAAGUACGCCGACAAAGCCUACAACGGUGGAACCAUGGAGCCCAAGUACCUGGCUGAGGGCUGGGCAUAUUGGCGAUCCGCAUCUGGGUACAUGUCCAACUUCAACGCUACUGCUGUGGAGGCUGUGGAUGCACUCUUUGACUUGAGCCAAACGUCCAUACCAGCGGACACCCCCUGCAAGGUGAAGACGUUGGUGGAGUCCCUGUACCCACACCUCGGCAUCACCUGCGCUAUGGUGGGCAAGUGGAAGGAUGCAACCACCGGCUCAUGCCUGGACCUCCCCUGCGACGACGCGGGCAACUCCGCCACCCUCCUGGCGGGCUCCGACGCGUACGUGGACAUGUGCAAGGCGACGACGACCACGACGACCGGUUCCUCGGAGACGAGUGCCGUGGGUCGUGCUGCCUUGCCAGCAGCCGGUGCACUGGCUGCGACACUAGCCCUCAGCUGCCAGUGA